UGUACCAUCAAAAAACAUCAUGGAACCAAUUCUUCUUCAACUGGAGAUAACAAUGGUGAUGCGUCUGGACCUCUGGAGGAGCCUCUAUACUGAAGAACUAAACCUCACACACUGAAUUAUCUCGAUUUGAUUCAUUUUCAGCUGGAAGACUGACUUUUUUUCUUUCUGGAAAAUACAUUAAUCAAGCUGGGUUUGGCCCAGUGUAUCUAAACAAAAAGUGAGAAUUUAACAGAAGCUUUGUCAAGUCAAACACCUGGUCAACCUGUUAAGUGUGAAUUGAAACACACAAACACAGAGUGAAUCAUGGGACAUCCAAAUAUGACGACAUCAGAGAUGGAAGCGGAGGUUGUGAAUAAAUGAUGGCCGCCAACACCGGUCCGAUGAUAGCCUCUGCGCCACAUCACUCAGUGACAAAUCUAAACACCACCCAAACGGAGCCCAAUCCUACGGUCCCUGCUGACCUGGGCGUCGUCACCAGCUCCCAGUCACAGAUCAAAGACCUUUUCGGGUUGUUCUGCAUGGUGACCCUUAACCUCAUUGCUUUGUUGGCCAACACUGGAGUGAUGGUGGCCAUCGCUCGUGCUCCUCACCUGAAGAGGUUUGCUUUUGUGUGUCACCUUUGUGCAGUGGACCUGCUGUGUGCCAUCCUCCUCAUGCCCUUGGGUAUCAUAUCCAGUUCGGCGUUCUUUGGCACCGUGCUGUUUACAGUCCUGGAGUGUCAGGUUUACAUUUUUCUCAAUGUUUUCCUCAUCUGUCUCUCCAUUCUCACCAUCACAGCCAUCAGUGUGGAGCGUUACUUUUAUAUCGUACACCCCAUGCGUUAUGAAGUCAAGAUGACCAUUAACCUCGCUAUUGGUGUCAUGCUUCUGAUCUGGGUGAAGUCAGUCCUCUUAGCUAUGGUCCCACUUUUCGGAUGGCCAGCUUAUGGACCUCAGAGCUCUAUUGCUGCAGCUCACUGCUCUCUCCACGCGAGCCACAGUCGUCUAAGAAGUGUAUUUUCUGUGCUCUUUAGUGUGGCUUGUUUUCUGUUUCCUGCAGUAGUCAUUUUUGGUGUUUACGGUGCCGUGUACAAGGUAGCUCGCUCCGCAGCCCUGCAGCAAGUCCCUGCUGUGCCGGCGUGGGCAAAUGCAAGCCUUGCUAAAAAUCGCUCAGACUCCAUUAACAGCCAGACCACCAUGAUCACCACCACACGCUCCCUGCCACAAAGACUGUCUCCUGAGAGGGCCUUCAGUGGAGGAAAGGCUGCCCUAACAUUGGUAUUAAUUGUUGGACAGUUCUUUGUUUGUUGGUUACCCUACUUCAUCUUCCACAUGCAAAUGUCUCUGACUGGCUCCAUGAAAAGCCCUGGGGACUUGGAGGAGGCAGUCACUUGGCUGGCCUAUUCCUCUUUUGCCAUCAACCCGUUCUUUUACGGCCUCUUGAACAGGCAGAUCAGAGAAGAGCUGGUUAAGUUCCGACGUUGCUGCUUGACCCAGCCGGCAGAUUUUGGGACAUCUAGCCACGAAGGCUCCCUUCAGGAGAAUUUCCUCCAGUUCAUCCAGAGAACCAGCAGCAGCAAAGCUGAAACCCCGUCCAGCUGCGCCAACUCAAACCCCGGAAACACUACGGACCAGGGGGUUAAGAUCCCUGGACAAAUUCCUGAAGAGCAGGCUUAGACAUUGACCAACAUGGGUGAUGGACCACAGUGCUAAUAUAAAGGACAUGUUGUUUUUUAUGUAAGCAGGACAUUUUCAUAUUGGAUAGCUUCAUAAUCUAAGAAAUGUAAGAUGAUUUAAAUGUUGAAAUGAUUAUUGAUCACUGGAAUACCUUCUCCUAUCCAUUCUGGCAACAAUGAGGUCAUUUCUUCAAUAAUUUUAUAUUUUAUGAUACAAAUAAAGAACUCAUAUUUCAUGAGUGACUGGAGUUGGUCUCAUAUUGCAUCAUAUGCAAUGUGACCCUUGCACAAGAAUCCAUUGAUAUUUAUAUUAAAAUGAUCUCUUCUUUUAACUGAAGUGAUGGAGGUCAACAUCCCAAGUCAUUGUUUGUUGCAAAAAUCCCAACUUGAUUUGUCUGCUGAAGCCAUUACAUCCAGUUAAUAUGAAUGGUAUUUCUUAAAUAAUAUACAUCCAUAAAGCUUUUAGAAAGGCGCAGAAUAAAAGUAUUGCUUUGCCUGAAAUAAAAAAUAUUAAGAUUGUUAAUCGACUAUUUUAAACAUGUUGUCAGGUCCAAAAUGUAUGUUUUGUUUCUUUUCAUUCUACAAUUCAGGGAGGCUUUUUUUCAUUUUAGGUCAAUGUGCUAUGAUUUUACUGAAACAUGAACUAUUGAAAUAGACAUGAUCCCCUGUGCUUAUUUUCUAAUUGUAUUUCAAUUAGCCUGGUUUUAUUGAUGUUUUGAUGAAGGUUGUUUAUGAAAAUCUGGAGUGUAACCAAAAUAACAAGGUUAUAAUUGAAGGGAUAUUAAAAUGAUUUAUUGCCUUUAA